AUGACGAGUGUUUCGCGUCUGGCGGGCCUGCUGCUGAUGCUGGUCGGUACCGUCACAGCUCUUCAUAAACCCUUUGCUCGCAACAACCGCACCAUCUACCAUUUUCACAUCCACAAGUGCGGCGGCACCUCUUUUUGCCGCGACGCCGUUGCCAACAACGAGACGGUCCCUGCCGAUUAUCGGCACACCAACUGCAACUGGCGUGGUGAUGAACCUGCUAGCUUACGCCCGCUCGGUGGCAAGUACAACGAAAACUUUGAUUGCGAUGGUCGGUUGGCUGCCAUGGGAAACGUGACAUACUUUCAGACCGAGAACGUCUUCAACCAGCGCAUGCUGGAAUGCCCCGACCGCCUCCUCAUUGGUAUACAAAUGCGCCACCCCAUUAAGCGCAUCAUUUCGCACAUUAGCUUUGAGAUUCGAGUGCACUCUACCACUGCCGCGAAAGCACGGGCAGAGACGUUCAGCCCCCGACCAAGCAGCGAUACCCGCUACGGCUCAGCCACCGUCAACAACUACUACAUUCGCAGUCUCCUCGGGUCGGCCGUGUACGGGGCCCCCUUGGGCAAAAUCACGCGUGCACAUCUCGAGGCUGCCAAGCGGGUCCUGGAUCAGUUUGUCAUCUUCAUUCUCGAGCACGCCGAGUGGCGCGAAGAGAUGCUUGCUUGCUACUAUGGUUGGCAUGCGAAGGCCGUAGCUGACGGUGGGGGAACCCACAUGCUCAACAGCCAUGGCAAAUCGAGUGCGUGGGCCGAGGAGAACAUUGACGACGAAUGGCGAGCCAAAUUGGAAGAGCUGAAUGCGCUCGACCUUGAGCUGUUUCGCUACGCCGGCGGGUUGUCUGCACAACAGCUGGGGGCUUGUCGUGAUGCGAAGAACGCCAGGUGA